CUGUCUUCCUUGCCACCGGCGGCUUUAAAUAGGUAAAUCCUCUCUGCUGCGGGGACUCCUUUAAAAAAAAACAUCGCCGCGUCACCGGAUGCGGUUGGGGGAGCCCGGCUGCUAAACCUACAGUCCCCCGCUUCGGAGACCACCACCCCCUUCACCGGCAAGGAAUACCAAAGAUGGCAUCUCUGUCAAACCCAAACCACACAGCGCCACAGGACCAGCGCUUUUUGAUGUUGUUUGACUUCGAUGAGACAAUCAUCAGUGAGAACAGCGAUGAUGCCGCAGUACAUCUCCUGCCGGAUCAGCAGCUCCCCGCCUGGCUCAUAAACAGCUACCGGGAGGGGCAAUACCACGAGUUCUCAGCAAAGAUCUUGGCCUACAUGGCAGAUCAGGGUGUGACCAAGGAAUCCAUUCAGUCAGCAGUGGAGAAGAUUCCGCCCAACCCCGGGCUUCUGGACCUCUUCCAUUAUCUGCAGAGCCAUCAGCACGACUUUGAGCUGGUGGUGGUCUCUGAUGCCAACACGUAUUUUAUUGAAACAUGGCUGGAGCACACCGGGGUGCGCCACCUUUUCAGGAGCAUCUUCACAAACCCCUCUUACUUUGACGCCAGGGGUGGCCUGGUGCUCCGUCCUUUCCACUCGCACUCCUGCCCGCGUUGCCCCGAAAACAUGUGCAAGCAGGCAAUCCUUCGAGAGUAUUUGGCAGCCCGGGAACAGGAGCGAGGCGUUGGUUUUCAGAGGGUGUUUUAUGUCGGGGACGGGUCCAACGACGUUUGCCCCACUCAGGCCCUGGGAUCCCAGGACACUGUCUUUGCCAGGAGGGACUACCCCAUGCACAGACUGCUGCUGGAGAUGCAGCAGUCCCAGUCAGCCAAGUUCAAGGCAAAUAUGGUCCCCUGGGUCACCGGGGAUGAUAUAGUGGACUGUCUGGAAAAAAUGGUGAAGGAGAGAUGAGUUUGGGGUUUUUUAAUAUUGGGAAACGGGGGGAAAGGAACCCCAUUGGUGCAAUUUAUAAAGAAGAGCAAACAAUUUAUUCAACCUAACCUAAUACGACUAUAGACUGUUGAGGGAAAUUUUUAGCAAAUUUAGAACAUAGUCAGUGUAUGCAGCAUGGAAAAUACACAGGAAGUUAAAAUUCACAUAACCAAUAAGGAAAACAUGUACUUUUUAUCAUUUCUUUCUUUUCAAAAUACUUAAAAAAAUGUAAACUAAAGGGAAACCGAGUGGGCUUCUGGACAGAAUGUAAAUCGCCUCAUUUAACAAAAUAUCCCCUGAAACAUGAAGGUAGUUUUACCUGGAAAUUGUUUUAGACAGCUUUUGCAUCUGUACAGAGUUUUAACAAACUUUCCCAGUUCAGCGCCUUAUUGAAGGCUUGACGAUGGAUACACGGGUCAGGUGAGGUGAGGGUCGAAGGACACACCUGCCAGGCAGGGACACGGACAGCACAGAACAAGGAUAAGAUUGCAGAUACUCAGGCGCAUUACCUGAUACCUAAUCUGAGGAUUGAUUUUACAGCAGUAAUCUACACCAGCAUGCAAUACAAUGAGCGCCGAAACCAUCCGCUCCCUCUCUGCUCUUAACCUUUCACCCAACAAUGACAUUUAAUUGUGAGGCAAAAUACAACAUUUGGAUAUUUCAGUGUAUUUAAAAGUAUUAUAUUAAGCUGCCUUGACAUUCAUUGGUAUCCUAGAAGGAAUGUGUUAAAAAUCCUUAAAAUAAGUUCCUCCACGGUACCAACACUGAACCUUUUUAGAAAAACCCAACCUUUAACUUCAGUAUAUCUAUCUUAGCCACUUUCCAAAAUGGGAAAGAUUAGCAAACAUGCCAUUCAAGUAAGGCAGAUGUGUUGAUCACUAUAGAUUGCAAUAUUUAUGUGCUGAUUAAUUGGAAAAAUCUAUUAAAGUGAACUAAUAAAAUAUAACUGAUCAGCCAAAAUAUUAUGACCAAUAAAAGGUGUCUGUGGAACAUGGACAAAGGACCCACAGGGUUCUCUGGUUGUCUAACAGUCAAGGCAUUAGCAGUAGAUCCUUUGGGCCCUGUGGAUUAUGGGAAAGGGUCUCUGCUGAUUGGUACUGAUUUCUGUAGAUGCAAUCACAUCACAGCUCAUUAGUCUUUUGUAAGCUUUAGGCAGUUGUAUGUUGCUAGCUCUGUCCGGCUGCUGCUAUAGCAGCGUGAAUACUCCUCAGAAAGGUUAAGGCAGGCGGCAAGGAUCAAAGUAACAUUCAGCAAAAUGCCUGGACUACAUCCAGAUAUCCGUGCUCAGUGUUAUCAUAUAAAGAGAUGAGUUUAUUGAUUUAUAUUUUGCUGAUCUGUAGUCAUAAUGUUACGGCCGAUUGGUUUGUAGCCUUAAAAAACAACGUAAUACUUUAAGAGUAUUAGAAAAGUCCUUUAACGUGGUUAGUUUCUCAGGGAGAACAGAAUGAAAAGAAGCAAAGAUAAUAAUGAUACAGUUAAAAUCAGAUGUUUACAUGCAGUGUAUUAAAAAAACAGCUUUUUUUUUCCACUGAUUUCAAAGCAGACCAAAUAUUUUCUCUUUUAGGUCAAUUAGAACUUUCCAAAAUCUCCUUAUAGGAGAAAAAAGGAGGAAGUACGUGGGUGGCACCAUCAUGUUGUGGGCUGCAAAAUAUUCAGAAAAUGUACAUAAACAUCUGACUUUGAAGAAAGUAAGUACAAUUCUCAAAAGUCUCUCAAUAUUCUGGCAUUUAGCAAAAAUACCCAAUUUUGAUAAUCCCGACCUAAAAUAGGAAACGUUUAGUCCAAUAUCAUGUCAGACAGAUAAAAUGGUCUGCUUGUACAGUGUAGGCAAAGAUCUGGUUUCUGUCAAAGGUUUUUGUGACUAAAAAGGUAGAGGUUUAAUCAACUUCAGCUGCAGAAUAAUCCUUAAAUUCUUUUGGAUCAGAUCUUUUGAAGAUCUAAGUCUACCUUCGAGUGAUGCUAAUUCCUAAGAAUUUACCAACUUAAAGUAAUUUAUCUGCUACCUGUAGCUUUUGUGCAAUAAUUAAGUGUUAUAUACUUAAAGUGCAAAGAAAUAAUCUUUAACAGAGGAAAACUUGACACCUGACACUUUCAGGGAAGCAUAUCGAGUCCAGAUCAGCCGUGUUUUCAGUGGGUCCCGUUAACAACCACUAAAUAAAAAAAUGUGUUGUUUUUAUUGCGCUCUGAUGAUGUGCUUUCCUUUUCAUAUUGUGUAGUUUGCUGUACACUGUGGAUUUUGUGUGUUUGAUCAAGAACAUUAACACAAUGUUUAAAUGGAUCAUUGUAACAGGAAUAUAAAGCCAUUCAUUACCAGA